AUGCAGGUAUUGGUGUGCCUUGCAGACAAUGUGGGAUCCAAUCAGUUGCAGUCCAUUCGGCAGGGAUUGAGGCCCGAUUCAUUGCUCGUGGGAAAUGUUGGGCUUAUUUUCACAAAAGGUGACUUGAAAGAGGUCCGCGAGGAAGUUGCAAAGUAUAAGGUUGGAGCUCCAGCGCCUGUUGGUUUGGUUGCUCCAGUUGAUGUGGUUGUACCCCCUGGAAACACUGGUAUUAUCUACCUGGAUCCUAAGGAGCGGAAUAACACAGAAUACAAGUUGGAAACCUUUGCUGGUGUUUACAGAAAAUUUUGUGGGAAGAAUGAGGUUUUUGAGUACCCUUUAUUUGGGCCUUUGGCAGCGGCUAGCCUGGUUGGCGGUAUUUUUCCUGUUAAGCUGGUUAGGGCUUCUUCCAGUGUUAAGUAUUUGUACGAUGGGAUGGUUUUCAGUUUGUAUGAUGGGAUGGUUUUCAGUUUGGACACAGAGUGCCCUGUAGGAUUCAAAAGUUUAAUGUAA